AUGAAACGGCCUCCAGCAGAUCAUAAUGAAGAAUCCUGGUCCGGUGCUCUCUCUGCUUUCAAGGAUGAACUGGAGAUGCAAAAGCUUUUUGCAAAGGAUCCCAUGAUCCGAAGGCUCAUUGAUUAUGUCCCUGAGUCGGAGCCUAGUGGCCCGAUGAUGGCCCUUGAAGCAUUCACGGACUCGCUCUGGGAUGCUCGAAAAGUGAGGCCAUUUACUGCGAAAGAAAUCAAAUGGAUAAUGAAUGGCGUCCUUCUCGGCAUAUUUACAGUGCAUAUGAAAGGCCUGGUUUACACUAAUUUGAAAAUGGAGAAUGUUGCACUUGGGGGGUUUGAUCCCUCGAAGCCGAAUGAGAAUGUCCGCGAUCUGAUUGUCAGACUUGCAGAUUGUGGUUCUAUUAGCAAACCAUUUACCCGAGAGAUCACUUCUCUCACAUAUCGGAGUCCUGAAGUUCACUUUGGAAAACCAUGGUCUUCGAGUACAGAUGUUUGGUCCUGGGGAAUAAUUUUGGCGCAAUUGCUUCAAGCACAGGUGGACUUCAAGUCACCAGGGAUGUACGAUUCAAUUCAGACCGGUACCCUAGCAGAGAAGGGGAAUGUCAUCCGUGAUCAGCUUGUAAUUGAUUUCGACUUGUCCUCUGUGCCAUUCUACGCCGAGGAUGAGCAAUGCGCCCAAUUUUUGCCUACUCCACAGCUGGAAGAGGCAUACAUGUGGGCUAACACCAUGAUUGAGAAAGGUGUUUCGGGUGAAGAUAUUCAGUUUCUGGUGGAAGUUCUUAACCCAGAUCCAAAUGCGCGCCUUACAGUGCGUGAAAUCCUCGAAAGUGGGUAUCUGGAAGUUUAA